ACAGGCACGCGCUAUGGACUACUGUUGAUUUGUUGAGGAAGAAACAGCGCACACUCCAGCUCCUUCUGGUGCUCACACACCUGUUUCAUUCACCUCGCUUUAUUUCUGCUGACUGAUAACUGUUAUCGUGAUACAUUGGGUAUUAGAGUGCUUGUCGUUGUACAGUGAGAGAAAACCUGCGAGAUCAUGAAGUCUCUGCUUGUAGCAGUUUUAAUGGUUCUCAUCGCCGCCGCCCAAGUUUCCGGCGAAGAAAAUGACCCAAAAGAGGACACUGAUUACUGGACGAGCACUAAUCAAAUCCAGAAUGGCUGGAUUUCCGACGACCCGUUCAGAGAAGCCCUGCUGAGAAUGACAAGAAAGCCAAAGCCACAUCAGUUUAUCGGUCUGAUGGGGAGGCGCUCUAUGGCAAACACACAGAUCACCCGCAAAAGACAUAAAGUGAACUCCUUCGUUGGACUGAUGGGGAAGAGGAGCCAAGAGGAGCCAGCAGAGUCUUAUAACUGGAACACAAUAGAGAUGUAUGACAAGCGCCGCUAAACAGCUGUCACCUCUCUGCUUCUCAUCAAAUAUUCUUCAGCCACGGCACGGGGACCGGAUGUUGGUUUUGUUUUUCUCCAAACUGCGUAUAGCUGUUAGCUCAUUUAAAAGAUUACAUUUUUCAUACUGUAGUGAAAUAGCAGUUCUGUAUUUGUGUCAGUUUGAUCUGUUUCGGUAGAAGAAAGAGUGGAGUUUGAGGAAUUGUCAUUAUCAAUGUUAAUUUCCACCACC